CCAGCCGCCCUCGCUGGGGCUCCGCGAGGUGCCCUAGGCGCGGGCCCCCGGCCGGGCUCGCACGCCGCGCCCGCAGCCCUCUGCUGCCCGCGCUCGCCCUCUCGCCCUCUCUCCGCACGCGCGCUCCCGCUCGCGCCGGUGCCGGCGUCCGAGCCGCCCGGGAGAGCCGGCGGGGCACCUCGGAGCGGGCGGGGGCGCCGGGCCCCGCGGAGGGGCCGCGGUCGGAGCAGGAGCCCGCGGCGGGUGCCGCCGGUCCGCCCCGCGCGCUGGGCUGUGCGCCCUGGGUCGCGGAGCGCCCGCUGGCGCCCGGCCGCUGAGCGCGCGCCCUCUCGGAUGCGAACGCCCGGGAGGCGGGCGCGGAACGCCGCCGCGAGGGCAGCGAGGCCCAGGGUCCCUUUUCCACCAUUCUUUGGGGAAGGUUAUUCAGCAGUGCUGACCGCUUCCAGUCGAACACUCUACACAUUAUUGUCUCUGGACUCACAGCUGACACCCUGCUGGAGGCAAGAGCUACUGAGCCGACUGGAACUGUGCCUUUUCUCUUGUCAAGGUUUUUUUCUUACACAGGAAAAAGAAAGAAAAAAAAAAGAUGAAGUUGGGCAAAGUGGAGUUCUGCCAUUUCCUGCAGCUGAUAGCUCUUUUCCUGUGUUUUUCUGGGAUGAGUCAAGCAGAACUCUCAAGAUCCAGAUCAAAGCCCUACUUCCAAUCAGGGAGGUCCCGGACCAAGCGCAGCUGGGUGUGGAAUCAGUUCUUUGUGCUGGAGGAGUACAUGGGUUCAGACCCUCUCUAUGUAGGAAAGCUUCACUCUGAUGUUGAUAAAGGAGAUGGUUCCAUCAAAUACAUCUUGUCAGGCGAAGGGGCAAGUUCCAUUUUCAUUAUUGAUGAGAAUACCGGGGAUAUUCACGCCACCAAGAGGCUGGACCGCGAGGAGCAGGCCUACUACACGCUUCGAGCCCAGGCCCUGGACAGGCUCACCAACAAGCCCGUUGAGCCGGAGUCAGAGUUCGUCAUCAAGAUUCAGGACAUCAAUGACAAUGAACCCAAAUUCCUGGAUGGCCCCUAUACCGCAGGAGUUCCCGAAAUGUCUCCCGUGGGGACCUCAGUGGUACAGGUGACAGCCACAGAUGCUGAUGACCCCACCUAUGGCAACAGUGCUCGAGUGGUCUACAGUAUUCUGCAGGGACAGCCCUACUUCUCAGUGGAACCAAAGACAGGAGUCAUCAAGACCGCCCUUCCAAACAUGGAUAGAGAGGCUAAAGACCAGUAUUUGCUUGUUAUUCAGGCAAAGGAUAUGGUUGGUCAAAACGGAGGACUUUCGGGGACUACGUCAGUCACCGUGACCCUAACUGACGUCAACGAUAACCCACCUCGCUUUCCUCGAAGGUCUUAUCAGUAUAAUGUCCCAGAAUCAUUGCCAGUAGCUUCCAUUGUGGCCAGAAUUAAAGCUGCUGACGCAGAUAUAGGAACUAACGCUGAAAUGGAGUACAAAAUUGUGGAUGGUGAUGGAUUAGGGAUUUUCAAGAUUUCUGUUGACAAAGAUACACAGGAAGGAAUCAUUACGAUACAAAAGGACCUGGAUUUUGAAGCCAAAACAAGUUACACCCUGCGGAUAGAAGCUGCAAACAAAGACGCUGACCCUCGCUUUCUAAGCUUAGGGCCCUUCAGCGACACAACGACUGUGAAGAUAAUGGUGGAAGACGUGGAUGAGCCCCCGGUGUUUUCCUCGCCCCUGUACCCCAUGGAGGUGUCAGAAGCUACCCAAGUUGGGAACAUCAUUGGCACAGUAGCAGCUCAUGACCCAGAUUCUUCCAACAGCCCUGUGAGGUAUUCAAUUGACAGAAACACAGACUUGGAGAGAUACUUCAAUAUUGACGCCAACAGUGGAGUUAUUACAACUGCCAAAUCUUUGGAUCGAGAGACAAACGCUGUUCAUAACAUCACAGUCCUUGCAAUGGAGAGCCAGAAUCCAUCACAAGUUGGAAGAGGCUAUGUGGCCAUCACUAUCCUUGACAUCAAUGAUAACCCCCCUGAAUUUGCCAUGGACUAUGAGACCACCGUCUGUGAAAAUGCCCAGCCUGGGCAGGUCAUCCAGAAGAUCAGUGCUAUCGAUAAAGAUGAGCCUUCCAAUGGACACCAGUUUUAUUUCAGUUUAACAACUGAUGCAGCGAAUAACCACAACUUUUCAUUGAAAGAUAACAAAGACAACACAGCCUCAGUUCUCACCCGGAGGAAUGGCUUCCGGAGACAGGAACAAUCCGUUUACUAUCUGCCCAUCUUCAUCGUGGACAGUGGAUCACCUUCGCUCAGCAGCACCAACACCCUGACCAUCCGCGUGUGCGACUGUGACAUCGACGGGAUCGCCCAGACCUGCAACGCUGAGGCCUACGUGCUGCCCGCCGGCCUCAGCACCGGGGCCCUGAUCGCCAUCCUGGCCUGCGUCCUGACUCUGCUGGUGCUGAUCCUGCUGAUCGUCACCAUGAGGAGACGGAACAAAGAGCCCCUGAUUUUCGACGAAGAGAGAGACAUCAGAGAAAACAUCGUUCGCUACGACGACGAGGGUGGGGGAGAGGAAGACACCGAGGCCUUUGACAUGGCCGCGCUGAGGAACCUCAACGUUAUCAGAGACGCCAAGACCAGGAGGGACGUGACUCCCGAAAUUCAGUUCUUGAGUCGACCGGCCUUCAAAAGCAUCCCAGAUAAUGUCAUUUUUCGGGAGUUUAUCUGGGAGAGACUGAAAGAAGCCGACGUGGAUCCCUGUGCCCCACCUUACGACUCCUUGCAGACAUACGCUUUUGAAGGCAACGGCUCAGUGGCCGAAUCACUCAGCUCGUUAGAGUCCAUCAGCUCGAACUCUGAUCAGAAUUACGACUACCUGAGUGACUGGGGACCUCGGUUUAAACGGCUUGCAGACAUGUACGGAACCGGCCAGGAGGGUUUGUACUCCUAGCCCUGGAACCUUUCUCGGAAAUGCACUGAAGAAAAAAGCAAAAGCAAAAAGCAAAAAACAAAACAAAACAAAAAACCCCACUUCGUACAGAAAACAGGAACUCCACUUGCUCGAGAGAAUGGAUGUAAAUAUUUCUCCAUUUUUAACUGUCUAGGUCUCUGCCUUGGUGAAGCAUAUCUUCAUGAGAUCUAUCCAAGGGACUGCAGUGACCACAGACUGAGCAUUUGAAGGCUUUUUGAUAAAAAGAAAUGCUCAGCGGUUUGUGAAUAGAUAGCAACUCUCAGAUACCUGCAAGGCACCUAAGCUCUGUGAGUAAGUAGGGCCCUGUGUUGUCAGUGAACACCGGAUGCCCUGUAGAUACCGUCAUGGUACAGCCAGUGAGAGGAAUAGAAUGCCAUGUGCCAUGGAAAAGUCCUGGGACUUCUUGCAUAUCAAAACUUGGGACAAAUUUGAUUUACAGUGACGCUUUUAGCUUGCUGGCUUAUAGAACCCAGCAGAAUUUUAUUGCUGUUGGUUAGCAAAUACAUUUUAUUUAGCAAUAUAUCAAUUCUUAGAAAAUCCUCCCCAAUCCUCUAAUCCAAGCCAAUAAAAUUUGGUAUAAGGCAACAUAAACUGUUGUUUAGCAAAUAAACUAUGAAGUGUUCCAAAUAAGAAAAAGUAAAUCAUUCUUAAAGUUUGCAGUCAUUUUGAGAUGCUUGUGUAGGUAUGAAAGAAGUUGCUGUCUAUUCCUUGAUUUUUAUUAUCUCUUCUGAUUUGUACAGGAGAAUAUCUUUUCUUUUUUUAUUUGACACGUGGUGUUAUAUUUAUUUUAUUUCGGAGCUCCGAUCUCCUCUAAAUUCAGGUCCAUCUUACUGCCUCAUAGUAUUAAGUGGGUCGGAACAUGCUGAUUUUUCUCCAGUCUGAGCUAUGUCAAGGAAAUGAAGCAUGAAGAUGGAGGGGAAAAAAAGCUCAAUUAAGCCCUGUCGUAGUUUGCAUCUCAGAAAGGAGUAAAGCUACAAGGACAUUUAAGUUGUUCCUCUGAGCCAUUAGAAUGUACAAAACAUUGGAAUAAAAUAUUUGUAUUUUAGAAAGAUUUCAGAGAGAAUUGAGAUUUUCUUUGAUGCAAGAUUUAUUUUUUAAGGUCACACGUUCUAUAUGCUCCAAAGACUUUCGAGAAUUUGUUUCCCCCCAACCUCUUCUGCUGUAAAUAUAUUGAGUAAAAGACUCGAUUUUUUUAUCCAGCUCAAUGUUAAAAAUUUCAAGUCCCAUCUUUCAGUUCUGAUGCAUAUAUGUUCCUCAAGCAUUACCCAAGCAGUGUUACCAUUUCUCUACUGGUUCAGAUGUGCCAAAGUGAGGAGAACAGUUUCAAGUGAUCACGUGUUUGAGUUUGAAAUGGCUUCUUAAAAGAAUUUUCUGAUUAAAGUAAUAUUCCCACUUACCAUUUUUUUUCCUAGAACACUACUAGUUUAAUGUGCAUAUUUCAAGUAUAAAGAUUUUAUUUUUUUCUCUCCUUUCUCCUUUUAAAAAGAAUUUAUUGUUAGGUUCCUAAUAAAUCUACAUAUAGUGGACACUGUAUAGGAAGUCAUGUUCUACAAGUACUUUUUCCUGAAAGACACACCGGAAGCAGAAUAUUAAAGUUUGGAUUCCAUGAGGAAAAACACAUAGGAUUACAUAACCUUGCAGCACACCCUUAGAAAUGAAAUAUGUGGAAGUGGCCUUAGCUUCCUCAAAAUAAAUACAUGAGUAAAUUUGACUCUUUGCACACAGUCCUUUCAUUUGAAUAAAGUUAUAUAGACAUUGUUUCAUGACUAGAUACGCUUCUUACUGUAUUAGCAUGCAUAUAUAUAAAAAAUCUAUUUUAUAACAAAAUAAAAGAUUCUGUUCAUGG